GUUCUGACUUCUGGGAUUAAUUUGAAUUUAGAAGUCUCAUCUCUUCUCUGGCUCCAAUCCAUGGAUUGUUGGUAUUCUUCUCUCGACGUCGACAAUGAAUUUGAGAAGCUACUGUUUCGAAUGAACCCUCCAAGGGUCACUGUUGAUAAUGCUUCAAACCCAAAAGCAACUUUGGUAGAGGUAGGCAGUGCUAAUAAGCAUGGGAGCUUGUUAGAGGUAGUGCAGGCUCUUGCUGAUUUGAAUUUGACCAUUAGCAGGGCUUACAUUUCUUCAGAUGGUGAAUGGUUUAUGGAUGUAUUCCAUGUUGUAGACCAAUUUGGAAAUAAGCUGUCAGAUGGUGAGGUUAUCAACCAUAUUGAACAGUCAUUGGGACCAAGAGCACGGAGCUUCCGGACCUUGAGAAGGUCUGUGGGUGUUCAAGCUGCUACAAAACACACAAGUAUUGAAUUGACUGGAAGAGAUCGACCAGGCUUGCUGUCAGAGAUUUUUGCGGUUCUUGCCGACCUCAAAUGCAACGUUGUGGCUUCCGAAGUCUGGACCCACAAUUCAAGGAUGGCAUCAGUUGUUUACAUCACAGAUGAGGCAACUGGGUUACCGAUUGAUAAUCCAGACCAUGUUGCUAAGAUCAAACAACUUCUCCUUUAUGUGCUUAAAGGGGAUAGAGAUAAGCACAGUGCGAGUACCGUUGUUUCUGUGGGUGGAACUCACACGGAAAGGAGGCUUCAUCAGAUGAUGUAUGCUGAUCGUGAUUAUGAUAGGGACGAAGAUGAGCCCACAACCACCUAUGACCAGAGCAAACCCAUAGUGACAGUGGAGAAUUGUACAGAGAAGGAAUACACAGUUGUGAACUUGAGGUGCAGGGACCGCCCCAAGCUACUCUUUGAUACUGUGUGCACUUUAACAGAUAUGCAGUAUGUGGUCUUCCAUGCUACUAUCACUGCUGAAGGACCAGAGGCUCAUCAGGAAUAUUUUAUCAGGCAUAAGGAUGGGUGUCUUGUUAACUCAGAAGCAGAGAGGCAACGGCUAAUCCAUUGCUUGGAGGCAGCUAUUCGAAGGCGAACUUCAGAGGGAAUAAGGCUAGAACUCUGCAGUGAAGAUCGUGUUGGACUUCUAUCUGAUGUAACCCGCAUAUUUAGAGAAAAUGGACUUUCAGUGAUUCGGGCAGAAGUCACAACCAGAGGAUCCCAAGCUGUGAAUGUGUUCUAUGUGACGGAUGCAUCUGGGAAUCGGGUCAAGAGUGAAACCAUUGAGGCAGUUAGGAGUGAGAUUGGGCAAACAAUACUCCAUGUGAAAGAUGAUGUAUAUUCAAAAUCUCCUCCACAGGGAAAUGCUAGGUUUUCCCUCGGUACUCUCUUCCGAACUAGAUCAGAAAAAUUCUUCUAUAACCUGGGUUUAAUAAAAUCAUUCUCAUAGGAGCAUCAUUAAAUCAACCAGACACUGUCAUCCAAAUGUAUGUAAAUCAGCAAUGUCAGUAGACGGAGAGCCUAGGCAGCCAGGCUCUUCAACAACAUAGGUACUUGAAGCUCCCAUUCAACUUGUCCAUAUCUCCUUGUAAAAUUUACCUGUAGUAUACUGCUUCCCUGUUGCCUCCAGUAUAAUGUAAAUACAGAUAUAGAAUUUUCCACCAUAGUGUUCACUGUUGCAUCAAAAG